AUGUCUUCAGCAGCAGUCAAAUGGAUCUGCCUGGUGAAACGGAAGCCCGGCCUGUCCAAAGCUGAAUUCAAAGAUUACUACGAGAACAACCACGUACCGAUGGUCAACGGUCUCAUUCCUCACGUGGAGCGAUAUAUUCGCAACUAUACGGUCGGCGAGGGAUCAACCUUCAGUCCUGCAUGGGACUGCAUCACAGAAUUCUGGUUUACGACCGAGCAAGACUGGACAAAUUUCAAUCAAUGCCUCUCAGAACCCAAUAUCUCAAAGAAGGUUGCGGCGGAUGAAGAAAAAUUCGUGGAUCGUAGUGCGACACAGGCUACCCUGGUCAAGGAGCUUGGGGGUCUUGUUAAGGGAUGA